GUCCCGGAAGCUCAGUUUUCAGCAUGGCUCUGGGAGGGGAGGGACGCAAGAGAAGGAAGGGCCAGGAGCGGAGACAGAGCCCUGGAGCCGGCGUGGGCAGUGCGACCACCGACUACCUGGUGGGACAGGUCGCCGACAGCUUGCGUGGCGGCCCGCGGCCUCCCGGAGGCGGGACGGGGCGGCUGGCCGCUCUCUUCAGCACCGCGGAGCCCUCGGCUCCCCCUGUGUUUGUGCCUGUGCCCCAGGAAACAUCUAAAAAAAGAAAACUUGAUGAUGAAGAAGAGAGUGUGUCCCAUACUAAAAAGCCAGUUUUGCAAGAGCCUGCGAGAAAAGUGAAAGUGAAGAAACUCUCUGAUGCAGACAAGAGGCUGGCAAACAGGGAAAGUGCUCUAGCAAGUGCUGAUUUAGAAGAAGAGCUUCAUCAGGACCAAGGGCAGGGAAGAAAGAAAAGAUCUCAGUCUCAGGGUAAAGUGGCAGAUGGAGAAGCACUGGAUGCCAUCCUCAGCCUUGCUAAGGAUGGGGGCCAAAGAACAAAAAUCCCAGUCAACCCCGAAGAGGAGCGGUUAAAAAACGAGAGGACUGUGUUUGUUGGCAAUUUGCCUGUCACGUGUAAUAAGAAGAAGCUGAAGUCAUUUUUUAAAGAAUAUGGACAAGUAGAAUCUGUACGAUUUCGUUCUGUGAUGCCGGCAGAGGGGACACUAACCAAGAAGUUGGCCGCAAUAAAACGUAAAUUUCAUCCUGACCAGAAAAGCAUCAAUGCAUAUGUAGUGUUCAAGGAUGAGAGCGCCGCUGCAAAAGCUCUGCAAAGAAAUGGGGCCCAGAUUGCAGAAGGAUUUCGUAUACGAGUUGAUCUGGCAUCUGAAACGGCCUCUAGGGACAAGAGAUCAGUAUUCGUGGGGAAUCUUCCUUACAGGAUGGAAGAGUCUGCUUUGGAGGGACACUUUCGGGACUGUGGAAGCGUCGUGGCGGUGAGGAUCGUGAGAGACCCACUUACAGGGGCCGGCAGAGGAUUUGGCUAUGUGCUCUUUGAGAACACAGAUGCUGUUCAUCUUGCUUUGAAGUUAAAUAAUUCUGAGCUAAUGGGAAGAAAACUGAGAGUCAUGCGUUCUGUUAAUAAAGAAAAACUAAAACAACAGAAUUCAAAUCCAAGCUUGAAGAAGGAUGUCAUUAAACCUAAGCAAAGACUUAAUUUUAAUUCCAAAGAAGGAAAAUUCCAUUCCAAGAAUGCAUUUAUUGGAGAAAAGGCAGUUCUCAUGAAAAAGAAAAAGAAAGGACAAAAGAAAAAAGUACAAAUGAAGAAACCAAAAAAGCAGCAGUAAUAACUGACGUUGCCUCCUUUCUGUGGUGAAACCUUGCAAUGAGUGUCUGGGUUUUUUAAUGGAUUAUGUGGAAAAUGUGGAGGCUUCCAGUGUCUUUUUUUUUUUUUUUUCUCUAAAUUCAUGAUAUAUGUAAGGCUUCUUUGAAGUCUUGUUCUUAGAAAUGUAUUUAAAGAAAAAUAAUAAACAUUAAUACUCCGUGUUUAGGCAAAGUGUUCAAAUGGUUACUGUGGGAAUACUGAUUCCAGGUAUAGUCACAGCUGUGUAAAACACACACGCACAUUCUUCUCAUUUUUCUUAUUCUUCCAAUUGUAGUGUAGAUCUAUAUUUCUAUCUUAUUCCAUAUAUCUAAUAAUUGCUAACCAAUAAGACUGAUAAGAGUGACUAGCUUCUAAUUCGUUGCCAGUGACUACAGUGGUCAGUGAUGUCCUUGGCUAUAAAGGGGGGGUUCAUAAGAAAAAUACCCUACCAGGAAAAUGUAAUGCUUAAAUUAGUAUCAAUUAGCAUGAAACGGCUGUCCCAGAAAGUUUAAAGACAGCAUCUAAUGAAUGAUGUUAAUUAAAUUGCAAUCUUUAAAGUUGAAUGACAUGACAACAUGCUGCUGCAUUUCCUAAGUUCCAGACACAUCCUACCAAGCUGGGGCUGGAUCCAGGAUGAAGUGGGGGAAAGGGGAAGCCAAGGCUGAUUUAGGCAGGCAGAGUCCAGUAGGCAAGAGGGUAGGACAAGUUUUCACUCAUUUAGUUGUAAAAGUUCUGUCUUUGGGAAAUGCCAUGUAGAAAACCUAAUGAGGUCUUUAAAACAUUGCUCUAGGGGCUGGAGAGAUGGCUCAGCAGUUAAAGAGUACUGACUGCUCU